AUGGCGAUUCCCCUAAAUAAUGGUUUCAAAAUGCCGGUAAUGGGCCUUGGUGUAUGGCGUAUGGAAGGCAAGGACAUCAAGAAUUUGCUCAUCAAAGCCAUCAAUAUUGGCUAUCGUCAUUUUGACUGUGCUGCUGACUAUCAAAAUGAAGGAGAGGUUGGUGAGGCACUUGCAGAAGCAUUUGAGACAGGCCUGGUCAAGCGAGAGGAUCUUUUCAUAACUACUAAGCUGUGGAAUUCAGACCAUGGUCAUGUUGUCGAGGCAUGUAAGGACAGUUUGAAGAAGUUGCGCCUUGAUUACCUGGAUUUAUACCUAGUCCACUUUCCCAUAGCCACAAAGCAUACCGGGGUUGGUGCAACUGCAAGUGCCCUGGGAGAAGAUGGCGUCCUGGACAUAGACACUACAAUAUCACUUGAAACUACAUGGCAUUCCAUGGAGGAGUUAGUCUCGAUGGGCUUAGUUCGAAGCAUAGGAAUCAGCAACUAUGACAUUUUCCUUACAAGAGAUUGCUUGGCAUAUGCAAAAAUAAAGCCUGCUGUGAAUCAGAUCGAGACACAUCCCUACUUCCAACGUGAUUCUCUGGUCAAAUUCUGUCAAAAGCACGGGAUUGCUGUUACAGCGCACACACCCCUUGGUGGAGCUGCAGCAAACAUUGAGUGGUUUGGUUCAGUUUCAUGUUUGGAGGAACCUAUUCUCAAGGGCAUAUCUGAGAAGCAUAAGAAGACAGUAGCUCAAAUUGUUCUUCGUUGGGGAAUUCAACGGAGAACUAUUGUCAUUCCAAAGACAUCUAAACUUGAGCGAUUGGAAGAAAAUUUUCAGGUUUUUGACUUUGAGCUUGACAAUGGAGACAUGGAGCUGAUCAAAGGUGUGGACCGAAAUUCUCGAACAAAUCAACCUGCCAAGUUUUGGGGCAUAGAUUUGUAUGCAUAA